UUGCAGCCAGAAAGUGUCCGUGAGAUCACUGAUGUUCUUGAUGCUGUUGGGAACACCACAAAAGCAACAACAAAAGGGUUUGAUUGGGCUUGUGCAGCAGUUGGUCGAACUGCACAGGAGGUUGUCAGCGAAGUAAGAAGACAGUUUAUUGAGAGGCCUGGCAUUAUGGACUACAAGGAGAAACCUGAUUAUGCUCGAUGUGUUGCCAUUGUUGCAUCUUCAGUUUUGAAGGAGAUGAUAAAACCAGGAGCGUUGGCUAUAGUAUCACCGAUUGCAGUUGGUUUCGUGUUCCGGAUCUUGGGAUACUACUACACGGGACAGCCUCUGCUUGGAGCAAAAGUAGUAGCUGCAAUGCUAAUGUUUGCAACAGUAUGUGGUAUCUUAAUGGCACUCUUCCUAAAUACAGCAGGAGGUGCUUGGGACAAUGCAAAGAAAUACAUUGAGACUGGAGCACUUGGAGGCAAAGGAAGUGAUUCCCACAAAGCUGCAGUAACUUGGUGAUACUGUGGGAGACCCUUUUAAGGACACAGCCGGACCGUCGAUUCACGUUCUCAUCAAGAUGUUGGCGACUAUCACGCUUGUCAUGGCUCCAAUCUUUUUUUGAUAAAAGAUAUAUCUAAUCAUCUUUGCACAUAUAUAGUGAAUGAAAGAGCUGAGGUAGGUUAUGAAUUCAUGCAACAUGUUUAAGGUUUAGUGUACUCUAAAAUGGAUCAUUGAACUGAUACUAAGCACUUCCCUGUGUCAUUUUAUAUUUUAAACCAAACUAUUUGAGUCA